AUGUCAGGGCAUGUCAUUAUCUCUGACACACACGAAACAUUUAAAGAUUUUUCUUUUUCCGAUUCCAAAUCAAUGAUUCAUCAUUUCCUUCGCAACGAAGCGAACAUUAUGAUUGUCUUUGACAAUAAAAUUCCUUACGACAUUGAGAAUACUUUAAAAGUAUUUUCUUUUGUUGUGUGUUUGAUUGUUUCUUUGUUUCUUUAUUUGUUUGUUUUUUUGUUCCUUCCUUCCUUCCUUCUUUUCUUUUUUUUUCUUUAUUUUGAAAAAAAGUGCCAUUAUCAGUUGUAUAUACUUAAUAUAUUUUUCUUUUCUCCCGUUUUCACAUAUUUCUUUUGUCAAUAUCAUUUUUAUAUACUUAAUAUUUUUCGUUAUUUCUGUUUUCAAUUCUUUAAAAAUAAAAUCCUUUACUGCGUUAAAUCAUUAAAAAAAAACUUUCUUUUUUCUUCCUUUCUUUCUUUCUUUCUUUUUCCUUUCUUUCUUUCUUUCUUCUUCCUUCCUUUCUUUCUUUCUUUUUUUCUUUCCUCUUCCUUUCUUUCUUUAUUUUAA